AUGGUUAAUAAAUGUUGUGUUUAUGGCUGUAAAUCUGGAUAUACGUCAGAAAAUCGUUCGGAGUCUGAGAUUAAGGAAAAACAGAAAAUCACGUUUUAUAAAUUUCCAAUUGAUGACGAAGAAUUAGCAAGAAAGUGGUUGAAAAAUAUCGCGAGAAAAGAUUUUCAUCCUUCGCAACAUACCAGGGUUUGUUCGAAGCAUUUUACUCCAGAUGAUUUCAUCACAUCAUCUCAGGACAGCAAAAUCGCUCGUCAACGCCGAAACAACAAGGAUACGUUUUUGAUAAGACUUAAACCCGAUUCGGUUCCAACUAUUUUUUCUAAUCAUUCAAAACAUAUGUUGUGUGAAAAAACUACAUCAAGAUCAGGUAAUGCGCUUCGAAGCAGUAGGAAUAAUAAAGAAAUGGAAAGACUCGGAGACUCGGAGAGUUGGAAAGAAAUUUUAUGGAAGAAGAUUCAAUCAAAGCAACAAUUAUUUGGUGAUAUUGUAAAUAGAUUUAAUGACAAUAAUGACUUGGAGAAUGAAUUUCCAGAAUUUUGCACCACAGGGCAUGAUCUCAAAUAA